AACCACAAACUGAUGAGAGAGCUUCAGGCUGCUCAUAAGGUUUGACUCCUCCUCGCUCCAAAGGUCCUCCUGCCUGAACACAAGGAGGUCAGAGGAGAAAGGAGAAGUAUUUAGACGAGGAGGAACGAGGGAUGGGAGCUCAGGAGAACGAGGAGGACGCUGCUCCUCCACCAGAGAAGAAGAAGCAGAAAAACUCCAAAGAGGUUUUUUUCUCCGUCCUGCCGGAUCGAUACGAACCUCUGAUCGAGGAGGUGGAGGAGGAGAAGGAGACGCCAGAGGAGAGGAGGAGGAGGAAGGAGGAGAAGAAGAGGAGGAAGAAGAAGAAGUACAAGAAGUACAGGAAGAACGUGGGGAAAGCGCUGCGUUUCAGCCUUUGCUGUCUGAUGCUCGGCCUACAGAACAUGGCGUCCACUUACUCCGCCCCCGUCUCCGCCGUGGUGACAGGAGUUAACCUUAACGCCUGCAGCAAAGCAUGAUGGGAAAUGUGGAGGACAAACUACAGCGUGAAGACAUUCAGUGUUCUUUUAGUCAAAUGACCUGAUCGUGAAGAAGUUUAGUCAUACAUUCAAAUGUGACCUUAUGGUUAUUUAUAAUUGAAUACAUUUUUGUUUAAUUAAUGGAAUAAUUAGAAACAUAAAGAAAUAUGCAAGAAUUAAAAAGUUUAAAUUCUUUUGGCUAUAACCCUAUAAUUUAAGUAAAUUUAAAAUACUUUUUCAAGCUCUGUUAAAUUCGUAUUAUUAGUUUUUUGGGUAUAUAUGUACGCCUACUUUAUAUGUUUUUAAAAGAACAUUGUGUAAACUUUAAAUGCUGUUCUUAUUUUUCUGCAAAUGUGAAAACUACAAUGUGAACAUGUGUUUUCUGGGUUUUCUUUAAUAAAUGUGCUCUUA